GUUUAAAUCUCGGUGUGUAAAUUCAAAAAAAAACAAAAAUAUCUUACCGUCGUUCAUCUCGAAUCUGAAUUAAAAAAAGGCAGUGUGGCCGAACUCGCCGCUGUUCUGACUGCCUACGCAGUACGGUCCCUUCGAAGUGGCGAGUCCAGUGCUUCGACAACAACCCCCAAGUAUCAGCCACUUUCAACUGCCAAGUGCACUCCUUUUCAGAAUGUCUGAAUCGUCAAGCGUCGAGGUGGAUGCGGACAGAGAGGGGGACCGUGGCUCCUCAUAUCCUUCCACCCACGACUGCAGCAAAAUCGAGGCCCUUCGUCAGCGCUCCCAGCGCCUGACUGCCCGUCUUCAGCAGACGCAGCGGGAGAUGGAAACGUCCAGCGCAUCCGUCAAGGAGUCGCUUGCCGCCACCCGAACCGUGAAAGUCGUCAAUCCGUCAACGCAGAGGCGCGUGGAUGCGCCCUUUAACAGGCAGAUUAACUCCAAUGCUGUGGCAGGAGCCGUGCCGGUGGCGAUAGCCAUGUCUUACCACUUAGCACUGCCUUCCUACCCGGUGGCGGGCAUGCAGAUGGCCUCUCAGCAACCACCACAGCAGCAGAUUCUACCCAGUUCCAGCCAACAGCCAAUGGCGAAGAAGUCAAAGCGGGCGCUAAGAAAAGAGGUAGACGCCCUCCAGGAGAUGAUUAAACUGAUGUCGCACGUCUCCCCGGAAGUGAAUGCAUAUGCCGCCCAGCUGAUACGACAGAACGAGGUCCUGUCCCAGCUGGAGUGGGGAGCUCAGCCCCAGCAGGUAGCUCUGCGACAACUUCCUCAGCGCAUCGACGGUGGGAGCGAGGUGGUUCGGCGACAACUGCCUCAGCAGCGGGUGGAAGGCCGCCAGCGCCGUGAGUCUGAUGCCUCGAGCAGCAAUAGCAAUCCUGCCCAGCAACCGACAAAACAAGGACGGCGACAGCGUAACCGUAAAAAGAGCGAGGGCUCCGGCAAAAACACUACUCAAUCGCUAAAAUCCGAGCUGGACGCCAUGCGGACGUACAUUAACAAGAUCGUCCAGCAUCACGUGGGAACUGACCACCAGCUGCCGCCAGAUCUAAUCUUUAAGGGCAACUUCUCCGACCUGGAAGCGCAUGCUCAGCGACUGACUGUGGCCGGCUACGGACGCAUUGUGGAGGAGGAGAUCCGGGUGAACCGCAAAAACAAUAGGCAGGCUUUUAUCACGAUGACCACGGAUCGCGAAGCCCUGGAACGGGAUGGCAUCGUGCUGCUGCCUGUGGCCCGGCGUUAUGCUUUCGAAGGCGACAAAGUUCGGGCUUUCGUUCUGAAUGCAGGUGCUCAGUGCAAUUCAAAACCUGCCGAGCCCUCCCCUGGCGGAAUAACUGGCGGAAAGCCGUCUUUGUCACUCGCGGAUGAUGAGGAGCUCUCGGGCGAAUCGGAGUCUCAGGAUUCAGAAGCGGAAGCCGACAAUGUAGUCGUCAUCUCGUCGGACAACUGUCCGAAAGCUUUCGUUAUAGCUAUCACCAAACAAACUGAGCUCCGCCAAAUCGUAGGAACUAUAUCGUUCACAAACCCUACAAAGCUUUGCGAUGACCAGCUCUUUUACAAGUUCCGACCGUACGACUUGCGUGUACCCAUGGUCUACGUGCCCAUGGAGGGCUGUACCGCUCACAUCGGAGGCAAGCAGCAAGCAGGGGAAGUGUCUGGCCUGCUAUAUCUGGCCCACAUACUGGAGACCGAUUGCAAUGGCCAUUGCAUCGCGGAGCUAAUCCAACCGGUGGGACGCGUGGGUAAUUUGGAAGACGAGCUAAAAGCGAUUCUCUUCCAUAAUGGCCUCCGAGAUAUAAAGCCAUUUGAGCAGCGAUUCGACGACAUGUAUUCCCAGCCUCCACCCCCGAUAAGCAAGACCGAUCUGCGUCAACGAAGGGACUUAAGAAAGAUGUGCAUUUUUACCAUAGACCCAAUGACUGCCCGCGAUCUGGAUGACGCCGUUUCCAUUGAGAAGCUAAGUGAUAACAAGUAUGAGGUUGGCGUCCAUAUAUCCGAUGUAUCGCACUAUCUGAUGGAGAACAACGAGUUAGAUAAUAUCGUGAAGGAGCGUUCUACGUCCAUUUAUUUAGCCAACGAGGUAAUUCACAUGCUACCCCAGUCUCUGUGCAUGCGUUGUUCGCUGCUGCCUGGAGAGGACAAGUUUGCCUUCUCAGUCUUCUGGAAAAUGGACAGUGACGGAGUCAUGCUGGAAGAAAAGCCCGAGUUUUCUCGAACGGUCAUUAACUCCUGCUCGCAAUUUGCCUACGAACACGCCCAAAAGAUAAUCGAUAAUCCCAACGAGCUGUUUAAUGAGAACGACUUUCCGACUAUCCUAAACGGAUUUAAUGCCAAUGACAUCAAAGAGAGAGUCCUGUGGCUUCACGGGAUGGCGAGCUCCAUGCGUAAAUCACGCUUUGACAACGGCGCUCUGACCAUUAACAACGCCAAGCUUCGCUUUGUUCUGGACCCAAUUAGCGGAGAGCCUGUGUCAUUCGAAGUGGAGCAACAGCGCGAGGCAAACCGCUUGAUUGAGGAGUUCAUGCUCUUGGCAAACCAGGCAGUGGCUCGUUUUAUACACGACUCCUUUCCUGAGAACGCUGUGCUCCGUAACCACCCGCCACCAUUGACGAAGUCCCUCAAGGCGUUACGGGAAAAACUCCUGGCCUUGGGAUUCGAACUGGACUACAGCUCGUCAAAGGCGCUUCAGGAAAGCAUGGUGCGACUUUGCAACGAGGCCCCCAACCCUGUCGCAAUGAAUGCUUGCCUCAGCCAGCUGCUAAUGAAGCCUAUGGCAAGGGCAACAUAUUUUUGCAGCGAGGGUAAAACGGAACCGGCAGACCUGUGGCACUACGCAUUGUCCAUUCCUAUUUACACCCACUUUACUAGCCCGAUCCGCCGCUAUCCUGACAUAAUGGUGCACCGCCUGCUGGCUGCCGCACUUAAAUACUGUCCACCGCCUGGACGCACACCAGACGAUCUCCACGCCCUGACAAAGCUAGCCAAUGAGCGCAAAUACAAUGCUAAAAUGGCCGGAGACGACUCCGGACACUUAUAUUUCAAACGCUAUGUGCGCAAUAAGCAAGGCAUCUACAUGCAGGCCGUGGUCAUAGAGAUAUUCCAGCACAUGAUGAAUGUUGUUACUCUGGAAUCUGGCCACGUCAUAUGCAUCAACUUCAAGAUGCAAAAGGUCCUUGUCGAUACGCACAGCGCACCCAACUACGUUAUGAUUGCCGAGCGUAACAUAAAGCAGUCACCUCGCAAGCUACAGCUGCUUUCUUUGGUGCCUAUUUGCCUGCUCAUUUGGGACAAUAAGCUAACUGGUUUUCUAACGAUGGACGACCAACGCGUACAGGCGCCCAAGGAUCAGCCCACCGGAUCUGGAUCGUCACGAAAAAACAAGCCAAAGCCGCAGCAAAAUAUUCAGCAGCAGCGGCAACAGCAACAUCAGCAACAUCUCCAGCAUCAGCCACAUAUCCAGCAACAGCAGCGAAUUUUUGCAAUCAGGAAAAACAGCUUAUAACUAAGCAAAGAUAUUCCGCUACAGCUUUGGCUCAAAGAUCCCUUUCCUUAUCACGCCGUAGAUUGCACUUGUUUUGUUUGAAAAAUCGGAAACUUCCUAAAAUUACUCAUUUGAACAAAAACUCUGAUUAUGAGGAAGAUACAAGCUUUUCCUGGUAAAAAUUGACUCUGUGAUGCUUACUUUUUCGAUAUCCAUUUGCAUAUCCCAAUGAGCUCUGUUUAAAUGUAUGUGGUAUGUACAUUAGGUUGCAAAGACAUAGUUACAAUUUCAAAAUUCACAAACAAUAAAACAAAGUAGUAACUGCA